AUGGGAGGCGCGGUUUCGAUGUGGGAACAGUCUGCUUUUCGCGCGAUGAAUGUGUCCAUGAAGUCAAAUAAAGCCGGUGCUGGCGGCGCCGUUUACGCCGACGAUUCGUUGUUGGACCUUCUGGCAUCGACAAUAAAGGAUAACUCUGCAUCGGGGGGUGGCGGCGGGCUUCACAUUCGAUUGUCUGCGGAUAAUGCGUUCAAGUCCAACAUCGCUGGCCUGCUGAACCAAUGCACUCUGAAGAAAAAUGACGCCAAGGUCGGAGGCGGGCUAUAUUUCUUCGAACAGCAGCCCUCUUCCGGGACCACGCAAAGACUGCCCAGCAGGGCACCAUCCCAUCGCAUCGCCCUGGUGCAGUCUGAGUUCGUCAACAACUCUGCAGCUCAGACGGGAGGCGCGCUCUUCACAAACAGCCCACGCCACGUGGACGUGCACUGCGAAUCCACCCAGACCCUCCAGUACCUCCAAUCUGUGGCCUCCGAACAUGAACAUGGAGCAAUCGUCGCCUCGGAGAGUAACGGCAUGAAGAGAUCAAAUCCCUGCGCAGACACAUGGGUUCGAAACACUGCUGGAGCCAUCGCGGAGGGGGGUGCGGCUGCCACCCCCGCCGUUGCCGCCAGAAUCUGUGGAGUUGAGUCGGGAAGCUGCAUCGCCGAAGGUUCCGGAAGCGACAAGUUUCUGCUGAGGAAUCACACAAGCGGCCAGGACCUGGAGCCCUUCGCCGUCGAGCUGCUUGACGCGUUUGGCAAUCCCGCCAUCGCUCAACGGGACAUGCGCAUUCUCGUUUUGGCCGACUCCGAGGAGGUGUCCCUGUCCGGUCAACUCGUCGCCAACGCCGGAGUGAGGACAGACUUCACCGACGUGCGCCUUCGCAGCAGGGUGGACACCGUGUAUGACGUGCUGCUGCGCUUCGACCCAGACGACCUGCCGCCGCUCGUCUUUCGCGUGCAGGUCAGGGAAUGCUUGCCGGGAGAGGUGGCAGACGCACAAGGCACCCUGUGCUCUCCUUGCACGCACGGAACUUACAGCUUCUCGCCCGCGCAGUGGUGCUCGAUUUGCCCAGCAGACGCGCAGUGCACGGCCGCAACCGUCACGCCAAACGACGGCUACUGGCACUCGACUUCCAAAUCGCGCCAGAUCCACCCGUGCAUUUGGCCCAAGGCGUGCAAGUUUGCGGGCAGGGACGGCGUGCUGGUGGACCAGGCGAGGGAGGCACAUUUGGAGGGCAGGCGCCUGGAUGCAGAGGAGUACAGGCAGUGCUCUCAGGGUCACGCCGGGGUGCUGUGCGCCGAGUGCGAGCGUUCCCGCGGCAAGACGGGCUCCGGGGAGUGCGUAGACUGCGGCGGCUGGGCCAAGAGCAUCACGCUGGCGUUCUUCACGGCCGCCUGGUUCGUUCUGUUAGUCUACAUGGUGUUCACGAACGCCAUGCCGGUGUCCAAGCCCUCCAGCCCGGAAUCCGUCCCAACCGUUCGCGCGACGGACAAUCCGAGCUACAUGGCCAGCCACACGCUGGAAUUCCUCGAGGCAGCCAGGGGAUCGUCUCCUAGAUCCCCCACGCCUGUUUCUAGGGCGAGCAAGCAGCGGUACCCGAGUCGCUGUGCGGUGCUUCGAGCCCCGAGCGCUGGAGCGGGGAGCCAGUUUUCCAUUCGCCAUCUCGAUGACCCCUCGACCGAAAGCAGAUGCUACACAACUGACGUCUUAAAG